AUGGCAGAGCGGCAACAACAGAAACACGAAGGACGAGUAAAGAUCGGCCAUUACAUCCUCGGAGACACACUCGGAGUGGGAACCUUCGGGAAAGUGAAGAUCGGUGAACAUCAGCUGACGGGCCAUAAAGUUGCAGUAAAGAUCCUAAACAGACAGAAGAUCCGCAGCCUCGAUGUCGUUGGGAAAAUCAAACGAGAGAUUCAGAAUCUCAAACUGUUCAGACACCCACACAUCAUCAAACUGUACCAGGUGAUAAGCACUCCUACAGAUUUCUUCAUGGUCAUGGAGUACGUGUCAGGAGGGGAACUGUUUGACUAUAUUUGCAAACAUGGACGGGUGGAGGACACAGAAGCUCGCCGUCUCUUCCAGCAGAUUAUCUCAGCUGUGGACUACUGCCACAGACACAUGGUGGUCCACAGAGACCUCAAACCUGAGAACGUCCUGCUGGACGCCAGCAAGAACGCCAAAAUCGCAGACUUCGGUCUGUCUAACAUGAUGUCAGAUGGAGAGUUUCUACGUACGAGCUGCGGCUCACCGAACUACGCUGCUCCAGAGGUCAUCUCAGGAAGGCUGUAUGCCGGUCCAGAGGUGGACAUCUGGAGCUGUGGGGUGAUCCUGUAUGCUUUGCUGUGUGGCACUCUGCCCUUCGAUGACGAACACGUCCCCACGCUGUUUAAGAAGAUCAGAGGAGGAGUCUUCUACAUCCCUGAGUACCUGAACCGCUCUGUGGCCUCUCUGCUCAUGUUCAUGCUGCAGGUGGACCCUUUGAAGAGGGCCACCAUCAAAGACAUCAGGGAGGAUGAGUGGUUCAAGCAGGACCUGCCAGGCUAUCUAUUUCCUGAGGACCCCUCGUAUGAUGCCACAGUCCUGGACGAGGAGGCAGUCAAAGAAGUGUGUGAAAAGUUUGAAUGCACAGAGUCAGAGGUCAUGUCCAGUCUCUACAGCGGGGAUCCACAGGAUCAGCUAGCAGUCGCCUACCACCUCAUUAUUGACAAUCGGCGCAUCAUGACUCAGGCCAGCGAGUUCUACCUGGCCUCCAGUCCUCCUCAGGGCUCCUUCAUCGAAGAGGGCAUGCCGCUGCCCCCCGGGGUCAAACCCCACCCAGAGAGGAUGCCCCCGCUCCUGGCCGACAGCCCAAAGUCUCGCUGUCCUCUGGAUGCUCUGAACACCACCCGACCCAAACCGCUGGCUGUGAAGAAGGCCAAGUGGCACCUGGGCAUCAGGAGUCAGAGCAGACCCUACGACAUCAUGGCUGAGGUGUACAGAGCCAUGAGACAGCUCAGCUUUGACUGGAAGGUUGUGAACCCGUACCAUCUGAGAGUGCGGAGGAAGAAUCCAGUGACAGGAAACCUGGUGAAAAUGAGCCUGCAGCUUUACCAGGUGGACAACAGAUCCUACCUCCUCGACUUCAAGAGCAUCGAUGAUGACAUCAUCGAGGCUGUGGGCUUUAAAUCGGGGUCGUCCACUCCUCAGCGGUCGGGCUCCACAGCCGGCCUCCUCAGACCCAGACUGAGCAUCGACUCGUCCAGCCCGGCGAUGGACCUGCCCACACUCAGCUCCUCCCUGCCCGGGUCUCUGUCUGGGAGCUCCCCUCAGCUCACACCGCGACAGGGAUCACACACCAUGGACUUCUUUGAAAUGUGUGCCAGUCUGAUCACCACACUGGCUCGCUGACACACUCCUGACCUCACUGUAACCUGAUGUCUGAGGGGGUUUCAGCCUUUGUCUGAUCUGGAAUGAAGGAGCGAAGAUGUUGUGAAUGACUUCCUCUCUCUGUCUUCUUUUCAUCUCUGAUUCGGUCGUAUUGAACUGGAGGGAUGAACAGAAACGUCAAAGUACCGCUUGUCACUUCAGAUUAACGGAGACACAGAGAAGAAGCCUUUCUCACAGAGGCAGAUCAACAGCUUCUUUUUCCUCGUUUUGACACAGUCCCUCGGGUUUACACAUCAGGCUGCAGCUUGUGAAAACUGAUCCUGGGGCUUGAAAUUUGGGAACCAGAAAAGUUAGAAGCUAGAGCUCAAAGUUCACAUUCAUGUGGGAGUCAGCAAAGGUCAAGUUGUCACUGUCACUCCUCCCUCGAAUACCUUCAAUCUGUUACCACUGCUGAAGUAUCAUCGCCAAACGUCACAUGUAAAGGUCAGUGUGUAAGAUUUAGUGAAUAAAAUGGGUUCAUAAUUAUGUUUUUAUUUGUAUUUUAUCACCUGAAAAUAUAAUAUUUUUCUGUCAGCAGAGCAUCCACAGACCCUGCUUUGAUGAAAUGUAAUGUUGCAGGCAAAGAGCGAGCCUGCAGUGAGUCUGCAGGUUAGAAAGUGAAAGGUGAAGGGAGUGGUGAUCAUCUGGUUGCUACUAGUGCCGGGCCAUCAGUAGAUUUUAUUGGAGAAUUAGCAUUAAUGGAUUCAUUAUUUUAUUUAACUCGGGCUCCCCUGAAAGUUGAAGAAACAUAUCAGUUGAGAACCCUGUUAGUCCUGACAGCUACAUUUAUUUUAUUUUCUAGGCUUGGAUUAUUUGUUAAAAGUUCCCGAGAUAUGUACCAAGAGCAAUAUCAUCCAAAGAUGUCAAAAACUCUAUGAACAGAAAUAAUGUAGAUGUGAUUCAACGACACUGAUGCCUGUUUUGAAACAACAAACAUAGAAGUCAUAGCCACAAUGUUUUGGGUACUUUCUUUUUGUUAUGAUGACCAAAACAAAGAGACUCUGUGGUUCAAAUGUAUCUCAGUGUUCCUCAGGCUACAGAGAAGCUGCUCCUUGUUUUUGAUAAUUUUCUUCCGCUAAUGGCUCAUCUGAGAAUAUCGUUUUAAGUGACAGAGAAGUAAAUUAAACACAAAGAGAGAAAUCAGCCUGAAAGGAUUUAAUGCCAUGUCAACACUCACCAGAUGUGUUUUCAAAAAUCUGACUUUAUUUGUAUAGUGCCCAGCCGUAGUUGCAAUCACAAACCUCACCACUAGAUGUCACUAAGUCUUACACACUGCUCCUUUAACGACGGGAAAUCCUGCUGAGUUUUCCUCAGAUCAGAGGUCAGUUAUUAUUCACUAUCAAACUUUAUCUGAAGGAAUGUCAACAUGUACAAUUUGAUUUCAGGUUUUAUAUUCUAUAUAGUUUAUAAAGAAACAGCUUUUUGUUA